CCAACCCCGCACUGUUACACUAUAAUAAGAAAUCAGUACCGUUAUUCAUGUUGAAGAGGUUAGUUGAAUUCGCCUGCCAGAAUUAUGGAUUAUCGACGUUGGCUGUUUCGGGCGCUGGUCGUUGGAUUAUUCAUCUGCGGGGCCAGUGGAGUGAUAACCAGCUGCGUUCAGUGUAGCACGGACGGAACACCGUCGUGCGCUGCCGGCAACAUCCCAAGUUACGAAUGUGAUAUCGAUAAUGAGCCAUGUUAUCUAAUGAUCAAAAAUGGACACAUCAAACGCGGUUGCUUGAAUUAUCUGGACGAACUUGACAAAAGUAGGUGUGCGAACGCUACCGACAGCACUUGCCUGACUUGUAACAGCAACGGUUGCAACAAUGGUCCGUGGUUAAAGUGUCACACUUGUGAUCCCAGCAACCCAAAGUGCACGAUGGCGCAACAAAACGGGGCAAAACUGUGUGCUAUCUACGAUAGCAACGACACCUGCUAUUCGAAAUUAGAAGGCGACAAUGUCACUAGAGGAUGUUCGUCAGAUCUCCAGCUCCCAGCUUAUAACAAGGACUAUGAGCUUUGUACUGGCAGUGGCUGCAAUAAACUUUCAAUCGAAGAGUUGAAAAAUUUUACCAUGUGCCUUCAGUGCGAUUCAAUCGAUUGUACAAACACUACACUUACCAAGUGUCCAAACCGAUCGAAUGUUUGCUUUUCACGCGUCGAAGCCGGUAUUCUGCAACGAGGUUGUCUGAUGGAAUUAUCUGUAGCAGAGCAAACACUGUGCAACUACACGCUCGACCGAACAUGCCAAACUUGCACCGGUAACAGUUGCAAUAGUCACCAAUGGCUUCAGUGUCACCAAUGCAAUUCAAAUACUGAUGCAGCGUGUAACCAAUCUCAAAAUGCGCUAUCAUCACUCUGUGAAAACUUUAAAACGCUUGACCGAUGUUACGAGCGGCUAGAUAAUUCAACAAUCUCUCGCGGUUGUGAGUCAGACUUGGGAAUCGACGUUGACGCCUGCGAUGAUAACAGGCACUGCAGAACCUGUACAACCGCAGGUUGCAACAGGGAAGAUGCCAGUACUCUUGAAACAACCGAUCGAUGUCUGCAGUGCAACAGCGUAUGGACAUUGGAUGAAGGCUGUCUAACGGGUGAAUCGGACAGUCAACCAUGUGCGAAACCGUCGGCCGGAAAAUGUUACUCCAAGAUUGAUACCAAUGGUACUCUGUCACGUGGCUGUUGGGGCGAUUUGACGGAGGAAGAAGUAAAAAACUGCACUGGGUAUACCUGUCUCGUUUGCGAAGGCGAAAGUUGUAAUGACGACAAAUUCCCAACCGACCGCCUUAGCUGUCACCGAUGCGAAUCAGAACCAGAUGGUCACUGCUCGGACUUACAGAGUGGUGAGUCGACCGAAGCCUACUGUCAAACUUACCAACCUGGUGAUCGUUGUUAUACAAGGAUUAAGCAUGGACUCAUUCAACGUGGUUGCCAGUCAGAUCUAGCCACGGCAGCGUGUGAAGGAUUGAAGGCCAAUGAAUGCCGUGUAUGCUCCGGAGAAAAUUGUAACAACGUGUCGGAAAAAGACCUUACAAACACGGCUGGCGUGUCUAGUGUCAGCACUCUCCUAUUCACGCUAGUCACAUUGAUAGCUGUGUUCUGCUAGAUCGAUGUAGUAUCAGUUGAACUUCAAAUAAUACGCAUGUUCAGAAUUGUAUUUCACAUAAACUAGUUUAAGCAAGAGGAAAGCUACAUUCACAAACUAUCCAUCAAUCUAUAAAUUCAAUCGAUUAAUCAAUAGAGUUAUAGAAAUUUUAUACAGUUUUCUAAAAUAUGGACAAUUUCUUACAAAUGUUCUAUCUAUAUGAAUCGAAAAGCGAUAAAUUUUAUCGAAAACCUUGCGUGAAGAACUAAAUGCUUACAUCACCCUUUUACACCCAAACCUAAAAUUACAAACUCUUCCUUCACGAAGUAUUCCAUUUACAUAACUAUUUUCACGAACCAAAUCCCAAAUAACGUAAUCCUUAUUUCCAAUAACGUAAACUUUUUUUCGAACCUUAUUCGUACAGGUAGAGGCUUUUGCAUAACAUGAAACUAUGUACCAUGAGAAUGUUCGUAUUCUGUUUGUUGGUAUUAAAAAUACCUUACUCAUCGCUAUACGGGGCCGGGUGUCAAUCAAAAGUUUCAAAAAUUGCCGCGUAACCUUAUUACGUCAUAAUUUUGAACGUUAAUAACUCAGCCAUUUGUUGAUGGAUUGAUAUAAUUAAACAACCAAUCGAUUCGGAAACUUUUAACUUAAACAUAUACGGCAACGUCAUUUCAGUAUUUCAAUAGCACACUAUUGAAAAAAUGGUUAGAAUUGACCUAUGUUUUCAUCCACCAAUCCCCAGCUGACCAAAUUGACGUCAUUUUCUUGUUCGGCAUAGGAGGCUUUACGUCAUGCAUAAAAACACCGUAUCAUUCUGCGUAGUUCGAAGAGGAAUCUAUAAAUAUAUGCUGCAAAUCGUUUCUUGAUUGUAGUCGAUGCUUGACUGUGAAUGAAACAAGUAGCUCGUCCAGUGAGGUGAUGACUAGAUUGUAUAUGCGUUCGCUCGUUGGAUUGUCGCUUUUGCUAACUCACUGUACGAGGCUGGGUGUCAAUUUAAAAAAAAAUGCAAAAAUAACCGCGUAACCUUCUUCUGUCAUAAUUUUGAACGCUUAGAACUCAGUCAUUUGUUGAUACAUUAAUAUAAUUUAACUACCAAUCGAUUCUAAAACAUUUAACUUAAACUUAUGCGGUAACGUCAUUUAAUUAUUUCAAUUGCAUUGGAUUGAAUUGACCUAUGUUUUCACGAGCCAAUGACAGUCUCAGUGAAUGAUGUCAAACUCUUGUCCGAUUUGCGCAUUAUGAACUAUAGCACAAAAGAGAAUUCAUGAAUAUAUGCCCGAAUACAUUUCUGCUUUAGUUUACCCAUGGCUUAUCUCGAUUCUCCGGUAACUAGCAGGUCAACUUAGAAUUAUCGGCGAUAGAUUUUUCAAGCCUAAUUUGAAGCGCUUGUAUCUCUGUGGUUUAUUGAUAAAUUUUCCUCAUUUAACUCGAUUCGAAACAGUUUAAAAAUGUUUUAAUUCGUCAACGGGUAGUUUGCAUACUGAAAUCUCCAUUUACAUACGAACAACACAGUGGCAACUAAAUUCAGUAUAAAGUUGUGUUAUGAUGACAAUCAUAGAUAAUGUGGCUAAAUACAAAGAACUAUCUCUCAGCAUAAUCCCUCAGACCCUAUUAUUAAACCAAAUAAUAAUCGUGUAACCUAAUUGAAUAGUUAGAAAUUUAUUUAGUCGUAUAACGCAUAAUAUUUUGGUCUAAUCUAGCUUCCAAGAAUCUUAUAGAAGGGAUCCAGACUAAGUGUAGCAACAAUAAUGCAAUGAAAAUCGUUAUGCAGUAUCGACUUGCUGUUGUCCCAUCAGGAAUAAAACGCUUCAAAAGAUUCGGAACUUAGUACAAAUAAGUUGCACCGACUCACAUAUAUAGAGUUAUCAGAUGCAAUAAAAUACAGUAUUAGCAUUAGCAUUAGCAUUAGAGACCGCCCGUGUGUUGCUACUCCGUUAUUGAUCUGGACCAAUUGAGAUUGCAAAAUGAUUUUUUGAAGUAACAUGUUUGGGAAUAACACAUUGUUUCACACUGUGCAAACUGUAUUGAACCAUGCAUGCUGAUCAAUACCGACGCCGGCCACGUCCGAAUGCAGAUCUACUUGGGAGGGAAAGGAUUGUUAGUUCGAUGCAUGCUGCUACUAAGAACCGAGGAAUCCUCUGCAUUCCCACAUGCAUCACAGGAGAGGAUACUUUGUUAGUAAAUGUUUUAAUAAUGUUAUCAUGUGUUUAUUGCUCUGGGUAGCCGGCUACCAAGAAUGUUUUAAAGUAUUAUCGUUUUAUGUGUUACUUUGUGCUGGAAAUAUAAUGCACGAAACAGUCAAUCUCCGAAAUUGACAAAACUCCGGACAGCCGGCUGUCGAGUAUGCAGUCACUCGUUUAUGCAUCUACCUUUCGCGUUUUUUUUAGUCAUGCAAAAAACACAUUUGGAUUGAUAAAAAAAAGAUAUCAUCUCACUGCUAGGUGGAUUAAGCACGUUUUUAUAAAUGAAACUACGUGAUACAAAAUAAACGAGCGAAUAGGAUUUAGACAAAAAAGUUGAUACAUUGCAUUGAAAUAUUCUAAACAGUUAUUAUAAAAUCAUUUUAAAUCACCAAACAAAGGUCAACAGAUUUCACACGCGUCUUAAUUCUUUAUUAUUUCCGCUUUAUUAUUUUAAUUAUUUAUUAAAAUUAUUAAUUGGUUAUAUUAGUUGAUCUGGGCAGCCGGCCACCGAGUAAAAUAUUAAUUUACUGUUUGAAAUAUUAAUAUCAAGUGUUUUUUACUAUGUAUUCAAUAUACCGAUACAUGUCAUCUCUGUUAUUAACUUUGUAAUAUAAACGGAUUUGCGCAAUGGUUGAUUUUUAUCAUUCAUUUUAUAAUCCUGAAAGACAAUCAAUAACAUGGAAGAAGAAAUCAUUCCUAAUAAAACUUUUCUACGAAGCUAGACGGAAAUUGAUAGGUUGAAUAAA